AUGGCAAUCAAUAAAGACUAUGUUCCACAAUUCAAAUUAAUUUUAAUUGGUGAUGGUGGUGUUGGUAAAACAACAUUUGUUAAACGACAUAUAAUAGGUGAAUUAGAAAUGAAAUAUGCAAGCAGACUUCCUUUUAGUGUGUAUCCAUUACACUUCUAUACAAAUUUCGGUGAAAUAAUUUUUAAUGUUUGGGAUACAGCAGGUCAAGAAAAACUUGGUGGUGUACGUGAUGGUUAUUAUAUUGCUGGACAAUGUGCUAUCAUAAUGUUUGAUGUAACAUCACGUAUAACUUAUCGAAAUGUCCCCCAAUGGCAUAAAGAUAUAAUUCGUAUUUGUGGAAAUAUUCCAAUUGUUCUAUGUGGAAAUAAAAUCGAUGUAAAAGAUCGAAAAUUGAAAGCUAAAUCCAUAACAUAUCAUCGAAAAACUAACAUGAAAUAUUAUGACAUUAGUGCUCUAUCAAAUUAUAAUCUUGAAAAACCAUUUCUUUGGUUAGCACAAAAACUAGCUGGAAAUGAUGAUCUUCAACUUGUUUCUCAAAUUCCAUUAAUACCACCUGAAAUACAUUUGGACCCGGAUAUGCUUCGAGAAUAUGAACUCCAACUAAUUGAAGCAGCAUCUCAGCCAUUACCUGAUGAUGAUGAUGAUGAUGAUUUAUAA